UAUCAGAUCUGAGUUGUUAUUACUUUUCCUUCGAUUUCAACAGGUUAUGGGCCCAGAUCUAAUAUCAUAAGUUAUAAAAUAUGGCUUCGAAUUAUCUUGCCAGUGUUCCAAAGCUCAGAGGAAUCGAAAAUUACAAUGAUUGGGCGUUCGCCGUUGAAAACUUGUUUUCUGUUCCUGCACUGGGAUUGCACUAGAACUGAACUGAACUGAACCAUGGUUUAUACCAUGGUGCAAGCCAGAACUGACAAGUGUGAGCGUGCAGGCAAGGAAUAGAAAACGUUCUAGUGUAAAAUAAAAAUGGCGUCCUUUAUGUGCACAUGUGACAUGAGAUUCCGCGCAUUUCCGCGUAAUUCACGAACAGUGAAUGCGAUAUAAUCAGAGGAAAAUAUGGAUGAUACAUAUAUGGAAAGAGCGUAUAUGCAAAAGAAUGCUGCAGGAGAAGUCGUAGUUGACCAAAAUGGAUACAUCAAAUGUUUGAGUGAAGUUCCUAUUGCAGGAGGAUUAAAAUUCAAAUUACUUGAUAAAGAAAUUGAUUUUAAUUGUGAUAAUAUAUGCUGCACAAUUGAUAAUCGAGAUAUAUUUAUACAAUUAAACGACAAUGUAUGUCGCACAGCAAUAUCGACGAAUAAAAGUGCGAACAAAAUAGUCAGUAAUGAAGACACCAACAAAACUGAUGAAAUUGAGGAAGUAAUCACAGAGACUGCCUUUCAUUGGACUGAUAACAGUACAAAAUUGUUCCUGCAUAUAUACAAGAACCAUGUAAAUCUUGUUGCACAAAGAAAAAUUAAAACAAAAAAAAUUAUGUGGCAAAAGAUUGCAGAACAGAUGAAAUCGCAGGGAUACAAUGUGUCCAUACUGCAAGUCGAAAAUAAAUAUAAAUCUUUAGAACGAGCAUACAAAAAUGUGAAAAAUCAUAACAAUAAAACUGGGAGACAUAGAUUAGUCUGUCCUUUCGAGACAGAAUUAAGUGAAAUAUUAGGCGGAAAGCAUAAUAUAGAACCAUUAUUAUUAUCUGGAAACAAGGGCGUAAUUUAUCCAAAUGCAGAGAAGACAAUUACUUCCUCGUCUACAUUACAGGUCAGUGCAAACAAAGAAAAUAAUGAGGUCAUGAAUAUUAAUGAAAACAGAAACAAAACAGAAACACCAUAUCAGGAGAAAACGAAAGAAUUCUGUUCGGAAUCCAUAUCAACUUGUUCCACAAUAGAUACUCAGGAAUUUUCUGAUGGAAUUACGACAGAUGAUAGCACAAGUUGCAAAAAGGCGAUCACAAGUAAAAGGUGCCAAAAAAUGGGCACAACGGCACGUGUGUUGGACGUAUUUAAAGACAAUUUUCAAAAAUUAUCCAAUGAAAUACGUACAGAAAGUGAAAAUCGCAGUGCAGUACAACAACAAAUGUUAGAAGAGCAACAAAAAAUGAGAAAAUCAUAUGAAGAAUUCGUGGAAAAAACAUACGAGCAAUCUGUCAAGGCUAAUACAUUACGCGAAGAACGCAAUAAUAUCUUGCAAGAAUUAAUACAAAUUUCAAGAAAGAGUCAUUAA